AUGUGUGUUCCAGGCUACCUCAGCAAGCUGCUGCAGAACCACACGGCCUUGGCGUGUGACGGGGACCGCCUGAGCCUGCAGUGCCCACGACACUCCUCCAUCAGCGUCCAGGUGGCCUUCUACGGGCCCGACUCCGAGAGGUGUGACUCUCGGCCACCUGACGCGGAGAGGGCCGGCGGGCCGGCCUGCGCGGCCCCCACCACCCUGCAGAAAGUGCUGGACGAGUGCCAGGACCGGAGGGCCUGCCAGUUGCCCGUCAACAGCCGCCUCUUCGGACCGGACGCUUGCCCAGGCGUGGCCAAGUCCCUUCUGGUCUCCUUCAAAUGCAAGCCUGAUGAAUUCAAGACCAAGACGGCGUGUGAGGACCAGGAGGUGAAGCUCCACUGCCACGAGACCAAGGUUCUGAACAUCUACAGUGCCGCCUUUGGGCGCACGGCCCAAGAGACGGACAUCUGCUCGUCGGCCUUGGGCCGCGCACCUCAGUUCGAUUGUUUAUCUUACUCGGCCUUAAAAGUGUUGUCUCAGAGGUGCUACGGUAAACAGAGAUGCAAAAUCAUGGUGAGCGAUCACCAGUUCGGAAACCCGUGUCUGCCGGGAGUGAAGAAGUACCUCACCGUGGGCUAUGCUUGCGUUCCCAAGCACAUACUUUCAGCUAUCGAUCCAAUGGUGUCCCUGCUAAAUCCUUCUUGGAAGCCGAAAGAAGGUGACUACGACACCAAGCUGGGGCCGGGAGGAUCCCGAGGGCUGAAGACGGACGGCGUCAUCGUCAGCAGCUCGUUGGCUGUGUUUGCUUACGUUCGAGCACACCCCGAAAGGGCGGCCCUGCUGUUCGUGUCCAGCGUCUGCGUCGGGUUGGUCGUCACGUUGGGCGCGGUGGUGGCCCGCGGGUCGUGCCCCAAGGACUGCCGAGAACUGCAGCCCGCCCAAGAGCCCCUGAUGCUGGAGAGCGGCGGGGCGCGGGAGGGCAGCGGCGACGAAGAGGACGACUCCUCAGGCUCCGACUUCCCGGACGAAUGGCCCGAUUUCCACCGGUCGCCCCAUCCGCCCCGCGGAGCCGCGGAAGCGGCCGACCUGGCCGAGAGGCUGGAGUGGCGGGACCAGAUCAUCCAGGAGAUAUGGCUGAGCAGUGGCUUGGACACCUCCCCGCCGAGGAACCUGGGCCCGGACUACUGACCGCUGAACGCUCUCGCUGGGGGAAGCGGGGAGGAGGCGGGGGUCCCACUGGUGCCUUCUGUGAAGGAAAAUCCACAGCGUCCAGAAUGUACGUGAGCCGAGAUGGAUAAUAAAAGGUCGCCCCGGCUGGUCUGACCCCAGAGCCCAGUGAGACCAGGGAAAACUCCCUGGGGGAAUCUCCCUGCUGGCCGCCACGAGGCUCCUUUCAGGCCCUCGAUUGCCCUACUUCUGGAGGUGCCGCGUGGGCAUGAAGGUCAGAUUCCUCAAACUUCCUCGAGUCCAGCCGUGCCCACUGGAAACCGAGUCCGAGACCGGCACCGAGAGGCUCGCCUGCUUCCUUGGCUCUGGCCCACGGGAAACCUCCUCUCCCUGUUCCCGGGCUUGACCGCAAAGCCCUUGGCCACUCCUGGGCCACCCCUACCACCAUCCUGCUACCACCGCGGGCCUCCUGCAUGGCUCCUCCGCCAGUGCGCUCUACAACUCCCCUCGACCCUCCGCCGAAGCUCUCCCUACGGCGAUGAUGGCCCGGUGCCGGCCGGAGGGAAUCCAGUCUGGUUCUGGUCCCGGAGUCCUACAUUCAGGGGCCCAGGGGAGCUUAGACUGAGUGGGGGACCUGAGCCUUUCCCAAGGGCAGAGGCAGCGUGGUUGUGUGCCCCCUGACCCCGGGGCUGACAGACCUCGUGGACUCUUCCCUCCAAGGGGGAAUCAAACUUUGAAAUCCAGUUUGCAGAGACGCAUAUAAGGUGGGGAUGGAGUGUUGCUAACACACUGAAGGCCAAAAUUAGACAAGCUGGAAAACUUCCCCACAGUAAUGGGAUAAGAAGCUGUGCCUAAGGGCCAUCGGCAAGGAAGGGUGCUCAGGGAGCUGUUUUAUUAAUAAUAAUGAUGAUAAUAAUGGUAUUUGUUAAGCAUUUAC